GCGACCAAAAACAGGGGAAGGCCGGUGGUGAAGGCAGGUUUGGGCUGCUGCAUCUGUUUAAAGAACCUCAUUAACGACAGUAGCUGUGCUGACAAUACCACUACACUCCCUUCAUGGUAAUGCCCAUCUGUGCUAACAACGGCAUUGAAUAGAGAUGUGAGAUCGUGUACGAUCGCCGGUUACACGUCUUCCAAUGAUCAGUAUUGAGUUUGAACUUUUUCGGCGGAGGUCACGACACGUCUAUAACAUAUAUUUUAGAAUUAAGGAUAGUACCUUGACUCACCAUGCGCUCCGGAUACCGCUUAGUGAUAAUCGUGAGCCUUUUUAUGGUGAUAAUCUAUAUAUUCAUCAGCGAGGUGUUCAAUGGUGGUCGUGGACAUGUUAUGCUGUUCAAACAGCUUCCAGUACGAGAAGUUCCAGCGGCUGUUCCGGAUACGGAUGAACCGAUCAUAACAACCUCGGCUGGGACGACGCUUUCCAAUUUCGUGUACACUACGAUAGGGCUUGAUCCACGAUAUCCGGUCCCACCGGGAGAUAUGGGCCGUCCGGUGGAGAAGGAACUGAAGGAUUCCGUUGUGGACAUCCUGGUGCAAGAUGGUAUACGUACGCAAGGUUUGAAUACGUACUUUUCGGAUCUGAUGUCAGUCCGCCGGAGACUGCCAGAAAUUCGUGACCGCUGGUGUCGAGAGCUGGGACGAUAUCCUGCCAACCUACCACCGACUUCGAUCGUGAUCGUGUUCUACAACGAGGUAUGGUCUGUGCUGGUGCGCUCCGUGCACUCGAUUCUCGAUCGUACGCCAGCCAAUCUCAUUCACGAAAUUGUUCUUGUGGAUGACUAUAGCUAUUUGCCACAUCUUAAGACACAGCUACAGGAGUACUUUGCGCGCUACGAAAAGGUUCGCAUUAUGCGUGCACCGAAGCGAUUAGGAUUGAUGCGGGCACGGAUGUUUGGGGCACAAAACACGACUGCUGAUCUUAUCACCUUCCUCGAUGCGCAUGUAGAAGUCACUGUUGGCUGGCUGGAGGCGCUGCUCGAUGUGGUGGCGCAAAGUUGGACCACCAUUGCGUUACCAACGAUCGAUUGGAUCGACGAGCACAACAUGAAGUACAAGGACGAUAGGGCACCGACUCUCAUCGGAGCGUACGAUUGGGAUCUUAAUUUUGUUUGGUGGCGCCGUCAGGAAAUGAAGAAAAAGUACCAAAACAAGAUGGUCCCGUUCGACACUCCAGCGAUGGCCGGUGGACUGUUCACGAUCAAUCGAACAUUCUUCGAGAAGCUCGGUUGGUACGACGAGGGUUUUGAUAUUUACGGCAUCGAAAACAUUGAACUAUCGAUGAAGAGUUGGAUGUGCGGUGGUAAAAUGGUGACCGUGCCGUGCUCUCGUAUUGGGCACAUCGCAAAGACUAGCCAUCCAUAUCUGCAAAGCGAAAAGAAGGACGUGAUACGUGCGAACUCGAUCCGUUUAGCCGAGGUGUGGAUGGAUGAAUACAAGGGUAUCAUCUACGACAUCUACGGUAUUCCGCACUAUCUGGAGGAGGAAUUCGGUUCCAUCGAAAACCGAAAGAGGAUUCGAGAGCGUGCCGGGUGUCGUAAUUUCCGUUAUUACAUCGAGAAUGCGUUCCCCGAGAUGCGCAACCCCAAAGUCAUCGGAGCAUUCCGCGGAGAGGUGCACAGUGUCGUGCUAGGAGCGGCCAGCUGUCUCGAGUUUAGGGCUUCCGAUGGUUUCCUAGGAAUGGCACCGUGUGAUGGGAAGCAACGGAACCAAUUCUGGACCCACAACUACUACGAGGAGUUGAACAGUUAUCGGUAUUGCAUCGAUUUUAGUGGCCGCGCUCUGGGAGUGUUUGUAUGCCAUCGAUCGCGCGGUAGUCAGGGCUGGCAUGUACUGGAGCACACGGGACAGAUACGGAACAUGAAGCAUCGGAAGUGUCUAGCGCUGAAUCUUCUCACGAACGUGACACUCACGAUGGAACAGUGUGACGAUAAGCGUGCUGCUCAACGUUGGACCCUCAACUAUACCCAUUAUGAUUUCACGCCGUUCCAAGCUCUACCCGGACGCUGAAAGUUGUAAAACAACUCGUUAUCGAUGUUUCAAUUCUCAAACUGAGUGACAUUUUUCGUGGGAAAUGCAUCUUAUGUAAAAAUAAAAUCGUGUUUACCUUCACAAAACAGUAAAAGCACUUAAGAUUUAAGCAUUUCUUACGUGAGAACUUUGUCUCCUUGGCGUAUUAAUGGUUUGCAGCACACAAUGUCAUCCAAUUAGUGU